AUGCACGAGACGUGGAAGGGGCACAUGCCCUUUUCAUGCGAAGUUCUGGUGCCAUCCGUUGAGCCGUGCACGAAAGCUAAGUUCUACAAACAGUACACGAUUUGCGGUAGCCCGGAGUUCUUCAGGAUCGAAGAAGCCGCCAGCAAACGUACUGCCAGAGAAGUGCUGGAAGUUUUGCAAGCAAUAGACCCAGCAAAGCCGCAGCUGGCGGAUUACUGGGAAGCAAACUAUGCGCCGUUUCCAGGGGCAAGAAUCAAGAUCCACGCAGCGCAUUUAGCAGCCAGCCUCGGGAGCGUGGAGGUUCUGAAAUGGCUCCGGAUGCUUAGCUGCAGUCGUGUGUCGAGAGUGUAUGUUUGUGUGUUAUAG